AAGCCGCAACACAGCGCAGACGGCGGCGGCUGCUAGCCUGCAACGAACAAACCAGCGAGCGAGCGGGCGGAGGAGGAGAUGCCGGGAAAGGGGCAGCGGCGGAGGGAGAAGAACUUCCGGGCGGCGCACGGCGGGGUACCGUGCCUGCCCCCGCCGCCAAAGCAGAGGGAGCUCGAGGCCAUCCCGACUAAACUCCGCCGCCUCAUCGCCUUCCAGAACAAGCACAACGCCAAUGCUGACGCGUCCUCAGGAGGUGCUCCCAAGAAGCAAGACGAUGGGUUAAGGAAGAACAAGCUAGCAACAGACAAGGCAAAGGACAAGAAAACCAAGAAGCAGGCAUUGGUGGUUCCUGCUGAUAGCAAAGCAUCAGAUAUUAAAGGUAAUGAUAAACGUUCAGCUGCCAAUGAGGAUGUGAAUGCAGAGGGAAGUAAGGGGAAGAGAAAGAGGGGAAAUGUUAAGGACCUUCGUUUCGAGGAACUGGACAAGAACAUCUCAGCCUCGAAGAAGCAGAGGAGGAAGCAGCACCUGGAUGAGAAGAAAAAGAAGCGCAAGGACAAUAAGACAGAAACUCUACCAGACUUUCCUGGGCGCGAGAAAGUCAAAUUUGGUGAAGUUGUUGUGGCUCCACCAAAAUUGUCAUUCCCGAAGGUGAAGAGUGCUUCAGAUGCUUCUCGCGAGAUGCUGAGGAAAGAGGCAAUUGAGAAUUACAGAUAUAUCAAAGGCUGGACAUCGAGGCCUGGACUGCAGCUUCCAACGCUAGCAGAAUCACAAUAGAUAUUUUCUCUGUUUAUCGUUGUCAAACUUACUCUGUUUAUAUCAGAGAAGUUUAGAGUAUCAAUUGUGUAAUUUGUACUCUCAUGUAGGCAAUUCCGAACAAAUAUUCCUGUCUGGAUUUCCUCUCUUCUUUUGUGUGUUUGUUUUUCC